AUGAACCAGAACCAAACAUUAUUAACAGCUGGUGAAUCCCGUGUAGUUCGCCGACAACCUCGUGGCACGAUUAACAGAAGAGCUUGCGAAAAAUGUCGUCAACUAAAAAUAAAAUGCGAUGGUGAUGCUGAGAAAGAUUCCCCAUGUACAAAUUGCGAUGCUGGAACUUGCGUGUUCGAUAAAUCACCUCGAAAAAAUCGUCAGGUUGAAAAACUAAACACACAAGUCAACAAUUUGGAAAAAUCUUUGAAACAAACCCAUAAUGAUUUUAAACAAAAAUCUGAACAACUUAAAUAUACCAUCGAAAUUUUGAAAUUAGAAAAACAAAUUCAAAGCCUGUUAUUUGAUUGCUACAAUUAUUUUAACAACUGUCAAGAAAGUCAAGAAAUUUAUGGACAAUUGAGAAAAUCCAUUGAAGAAAGCAGAUGUACACAAUUGUGCCUUCAAUUAAUGAAAGCUUUUCUUGAAAAGCUAUUACGAAACGAAGACCCGAAUACCAUAAUUUCAAGUUUAAAGAUGAUUGCUGAAAACACAUUAUCAUGUUGCGAACCUGAAUCUUCCUUUACGAUCAUUUCACCGGAACUAUAUGAUGAGAUUGCACGAAUGCAGCUUUCCCCUGAACUCAAUAAUUCAUCGAUAAAUACCACUACUUCAAUGUCCGGAUCGGUAUCCCCGUCACCUUCUCUUUCAGGCACAGUAACAAAUGGAAUGGCAAGUGGAAUUGCUACCAUGACAUUACAAUCACCAAUACCCGGCACUGGAUCUGAUGAUGGUUCAGAAAUUGGCGGUUCCCCGUUCGCUCCUUCAGCGUCUCCAAUAUUUCCAAAUCCUGAUGCGCAAUACUAUGCACAACAAAAUUCGUUUCUAUCUCCAACAAUUGUGCUUGCAUCAAAUGUUAAUGUUGAUUCGCAAAAUAAUACAUCUGGCCUCGAUUUUUUUACUUUUGGUGUUGAUGUGAACCAAAACUCUUUUGAUGUUUAUUACCAAAACAAUCAAGAAUAA